AUUCAAAACACACGAAUUCUGUUUAUUGAAGACACGUUGUACCGUGGCAUCGAGUUUUCGACGACUUGGAAUUAUCCGCUAACGGACACUCGUAAAACUUAGACAAUAACGAUUAAUACGACCGUUAACGGACAGUUUAAACUAUAUAUCGGUCUGAAUAAACUCGGAGAACAUGAUUAUACCGGUACGUUGCUUUACUUGCGGAAAAGUGAUCGGCAACAAGUGGGAAGCAUACCUCGGUUUAUUGCAGGCAGAAUACACCGAAGGAGAUGCUCUUGACGCAUUGGGUUUAAAACGAUACUGCUGCCGCAGAAUGCUUCUUGGACACGUAGAUUUAAUUGAAAAGUUGUUGAAUUACGCACCGUUAGAAAAGUAAAUAGUAUAAAAUGUUACUUGCAUAAGACUCAUGUAAAGAUAUGUUCAUUUUGCAUCGUGUACGUAGUGGUAAGGAUAGGAUAGGACAAGUUAUACAAAGGCCAUAAAAUGAUACAUACUUUAGGAUCGUAA